AUGCACACGCGCCAGCUGCGGCUCUUUCCAAGCUAUUGUGAAACAUACGCUCGCAAAGCACCUUCAGUAUCAUUUUCAGGGCAAACGCGGUUCCAGGCGCGUACAAUAUCGUCAUGUUCGCCAUUCAAGCGACCAGCCGUCGGUGACAUUGUCUUCCCAGAGGCCCCGACAAGCCACCACUCUGACUUGGAGACAUUCCUGUCCUACGCAGAGCGGAACAGCCUGAACACGUCAUCCACCGUAUAUGUCGGGACCCACUACGAGUACACGGUUGCUUCAACCCUCGCCAAGUAUGGCGUUCAAGCCCGUAGAGUCGGCGGUGCUUCAGACUAUGGCAUAGACCUUCUGGGUAUCUGGAGGAUACCGGAAUUCCGUCAGAGGCUGGAAAGCGAACCCCUGAGGGUCAUCCUACAGUGCAAGGCCGGCAGCCAAAGGGCUGGCCCCGCGCUGAUUCGCGAGCUUGAGGGAUCCUUUGCUGGUGCACCUGUGGGAUGGCGGGGAUCUAAAGUGCUGGCAUUCCUGGUCAGCGAGAGGACGGCGACGAAAGGAGUGCGAGAGUCUUUGGGCCGGAGCCAGUGGCCGAUGGGCUUCAUCUCGUGCACCAAGGAUGGCGCCGUGCAGCAGAUGCUAUGGAACCGAAGAGCUGAGGAAGAAGGACUUGAAGGCAUCGGCAUCGGCAUGCGCUACGCAGGAGGCAAUUCGAAUGGUCCUGAGGUGGUAUUGACUUACAAUGGGAAACAUCUGCCACUGGUGGAAUCGACUGCGUGA